CUCCAGACGUCAUCCCCAUGCUCCUUUGUUUUUGCCCCUCCGGAAUUGAUUAAUCUUGCGAACUCUCCCAAUCUACUCUCAUCACCAUGGCUGACAUGCCCAUUGUGCUCGACGGAGGAACGGGUUUCCUCAAGGUCGGAUAUGCUGCGCAGAACUUCCCCGAGCACCAGUUCCCCUCGAUAGUGGGGCGGCCCAUAUUGCGAACGGAGGAACAGGCAGGCGACAUUGUCGUCAAGGAUAUUAUGUGCGGAGAUGAAGCCGCCGCUGCCAGAUCAAUGCUCCAAAUCAGCUAUCCUAUGGAGAACGGUAUCGUGAAGAAAUGGGACGACAUGCAACACUUAUGGAACUACACCUUCUACGAAAAGAUGAAGAUCGAUCCUACGGGCCGCAAGAUCCUCCUGACCGAACCCCCCAUGAACCCCCUGAAGAACCGGGAGCAAAUGGCUGAGGUGAUGCUGGAAGGCUACAACUUUGGUGGCGUGUACGUUGCUAUUCAAGCUGUGCUUGCAUUAUACGCUCAGGGUCUUAGCAGUGGUGUGGUCGUGGAUUCCGGUGACGGUGUCACCCAUAUCAUCCCCGUCUACGAAUCUACAGUCCUGAACCACCACAUCCGCCGACUUGAUGUCGCUGGUCGUGAUGUCACCCGUAAUCUCAUUGCCCUCCUGCUCCGCCGUGGCUAUGCCCUGAACCGUACCGCCGAUUUCGAGACCGUGCGCCAGAUCAAGGAGAAGCUCUGCUACGUGUCCUACGAUCUCGAGCUGGACAAGAAGCUCUCAGAAGACACAACGGUCCUGGUCGAGUCCUACACCCUCCCCGAUGGUCGCGUCAUCCGCGUAGGCAGCGAGCGCUUCGAAGCCCCGGAGUGUCUUUUCCAGCCGCACUUGGUGGAUGUCGACCAGCCCGGUAUGGCCGAGCUGCUCUUCAACACCAUCCAGGGUGCCGAUGUCGAUGUACGCUCCAGUCUGUACAAGGCGAUUGUGCUCAGUGGAGGAAGUAGCAUGUACCCCGGUCUGCCUUCGCGGUUGGAGAAGGAGAUCAAGCAAUUGUGGCUCACCCGGGUACUGCAAGGAAACCCGGAGAGACUGGGCAAAUUCAAGGUCCGCAUCGAGGACCCGCCUCGACGAAGACACAUGGUCUUCCUGGGAGGUGCUGUCCUUGCCAACCUGAUCGCCGACAAGGAGGAUAUGUGGGUUUCUAAGCAAGAGUGGCAGGAACAGGGCGCCCGUGCCCUGGCCAAACUUGGCCCUAGAUAGUAGUACUACUACCUGCAUACGCUACUCGAUUUAACCUAACCUACCACCUCGAUUGUGAUCCUUUACCGUUUGUGCGAAUUGGAAAACCCCCUUCCGCAUCUUCCAAGCAACAAUUCUUUCCG